AUGCAUAGAGCUGUCUUCAUAUUGGAUGGAAUAAAUAUUAAAAGACAAUAUACGGAGCGUCAAAAUAUCAUCAAUGAAAUGCUUCAAAAUGAUGUUACUAUGGAUGAUUCUAAACAAUUAUCUAAUAUUAAAGAAUUAUUAAAAAAUAUUAAAUUUCAUAAUACAAUGUUUAACAUGGGCACUGCAAAACCAGAAGAUAUUAGCGAACCUAACAUUGAUUUAAUUGUUGCUCAAUGUUCACAAAAUAAUCCAAAGAUCGGCAUUGUUUAA